AUGGAUUCCCCUAGAAUUCUAGAAGAGGGCUCACCAGAUACAAAGGUCAGGCCGGGCCUGAGCAGGCCCCCGUCAAUUCAGAAGAUUACGGAUGCAGCCCACAAAGUGGGCGACUACUUCUCUAUCUCCAUGGCCAACUUACACAGCUCACAGAACACGUCCGAGUCACCCAGUUAUUCCAGAACAAGUUCCACCUCGUCUUUGGGAAAGCUUCUCGAAAGUUUUCAUCACCACAAGCCAAAUGUCACAACCAGAAAGAGCACAAACUCAAUAGCCACGAGUCCCUCAAGGGACAGUAUAGGUAUCCUCGCACGUGCCAGGCGCAGUAGUGCGAAACUGGACGAGUACGACCGCCAGACACACGAGGAAACAGUUCUACCGCUCCCUCACCUACCGAAAGUGAAGGAGACUCAUUAUGUGCGUGUGGAGUACGAUCCGAUAACGCACAAGAGAAUACUGAACACAUACGAGAUUCUCAAAGAUCUUGGGAGCGGUCAGCAUGGCAAAGUGAAACUGGCAAAAGACCUCAACUCUAACGAGCUGGUCGCAAUCAAGAUUGUGGACCGUGGCUCAAAGCCGAGACUGGGUCGAUUGACGCGACCUGGAUCGUCCCAGGAGGACAAGAUUAGACGGGAAAUAGCGAUCAUGAAGAAGUGCUCGCACCCGCAUGUUGUCAAGCUUUUGGAGGUGCUGGACGCAGAAAGCUCAAGAAAAAUAUACAUGGUGCUAGAGUAUCUGGAGAAGGGUGAAAUUCAGUGGCAGAAGGAAGACGAAGAGACGGGGUUCAAACCAGAGCCGCUGCUUUCCUUAUCGGAAGCAAAGAAUGUGUUUAGAGACGUUGUCAGCGGGCUUGAAUAUUUGCAUAAUCAAGGGAUCAUCCACAGAGACAUCAAGCCGUCCAAUUUGCUUGUUUCCAAAGACUACGUCGUCAAGAUAUCGGAUUUUGGAGUUUCUUUUGCAGCAAGCUUGGAAGGAAAUGACGAAGUCGAGCUCGCUAAAACUGCCGGCACUCCGGCAUUUCUAGCUCCAGAAUUGUGCAAGACAGAUGGGUCUUGUGAUAAAGUGACCUACAAGAUAGAUAUAUGGGCCUUGGGAGUCACCUUAUACUGUUUAUUAUUUGGUUGUCUUCCGUUCAACGCAGAGUCUGAGUUUGCAUUAUUUGACACCAUCUGCAACAAGCCACUAACCUAUCCGGAUACCAAUAAAUGGAAGUGUUCUCCGCCAAUACCGGAUUACGAUUUGAAUCAAGCCAAGGACCUCAUCAAUAAGCUUCUUCGGAAAUCGCCUGAGCAUAGAAUUGAGAUCAGUGAUAUAAAAGCACAUCCUUUUUUUCUCGAAGGGCUGUCCAGGGCCCAAUCUAGAAAAUACAAGGCCAACUGGAAUAGCAAGAUGAAGAUCGCCGUCAGCAACGAAGAGGUUAAUGAGGCGGUGGUUGGCAUCGGCAACAGGAUUAAGAAGAAACUGUCCGAUGUUUUCAGAUUAACCGGUCUUUCAGCUCCAAAAACGAAGCAUUCGCUCUAUGUCCAAUCUCUAAAAGGCAUGAUGAGCCCCUGUGACUCGGAGUCGUCUACAGGCUCCCCCACCAACGGCGAGCAUUCUUAUUUGCUGUCUGAAGCGCUCAGCACAAGCGGGUGGUCGAAGAGUUCCAGUCUUCCUUCGUCUCCAUCGGCCCAAAGCGCCACACCUCCAAGACUAGUCACCCGUCGGAGCGAGUUGAUGCCUGGAAACCGUGAGUCUCUGGCUCUUUCCAUUGACUCGAACACAACAGACUCGUCGUUGUUGUCCAAAGCAGUCGAGACCAAACACAAUGCGGACGCAGACUCGCUCAUUGCCCCACGCCAAAGGGGCUCGUCCGCACUAAGUCAACUUUCCGAGAUUAUUAGAACGACGAGCAACCCGGACUCCUCAAACAUGCCUAUCUCAGAGAGCGAAAUGACCAUCACCACAGAUACAAGUGACCGUGAGCUGAUCGAUCCGUCUGACAGAGUGGAUGACAAAUCAGAUCACGAAAACACUGCAGAGGAGGAAGACUCAUCAAACAGGGCCUCGCUGCCAGUGGUCCCAAGCUUUGCAUCGCUGGACAGUUUCUACGAAAACUCGUCCAAUCCAAACUCCUCGUCGUUCGAAACCUCCGUUUACACAGGAAUACCAUCACAGAGAUUGCCAACUAACUUAGGAACGCAACAUGGCUCAGUGAGCUCUUCUACAUCGAUGUCCCGUGCUUCCGCUGGAGAGCUUCGUUCUGCUGCUUCGCACACAUUGGCAAACGACGUUCCCUUGCACACGAUGAACUCUGCAGUGUCCGUGCCAGAACAUAUCAAAUCCGACAUGGAAUCCAUCGCGCCGGCGGUCACUAAUGACUACUACAGUACGAGAAACGUGCUUUCGGUGGGAAGAUCUGCGAACACUGCCGUCCCACAGCGCCGCAACUCGCGCAAGGUGGUCUUCGAUAACGACUCCGAAAAUUCUGCUUCUUCUGACGACAACGGGCCUUCUGAGCAGCGCACCAUCAAAGUACUGGAAAAACCUCAAGGAACUCAAAAGUCCUCAGCCAGCGUCGCACGAAAUCCUCUGUACGGCAAGAAGUUAGUGAUUGCGCCUGUUUCUCACGACUCUGAAAGCGGGUCAGACUCCGAAGACUCCGACGACUCAGCAGAGCUGACGCUGUCGUUCGGAAUGAAUCGUUCCCGUCCCCCACUUGUUGCGCGUCCGUCGCUCCCGCGCGCUACUAGCCACGCCACCUCAAUUAUCCAGGAUAGCAUACACGACGUCCCGGUGAACCUAAUAUCACCAGACUACCAGACGGAGGCCAAUAAAUUAAUUCCCGGGAUAGGAGAUACCGAAAUGAGCGGCAAGUAG